AACCUAGAAAUGUCAUUGUUCAAAACAAAAGAAUGGUGGAGGACGCAGUGCGGAGUGAACGAAUCUUUCGACAGACGCAGCCUGCUGAUCGCGCCGUUGUUCGGUGCCGACCGGAAAGACGUCAUCAUCGUCGGCAGCCACAGCGGACACCUCCGGAUAUACGGCCCGUCCUCACAAUGGAUAGACGAGACCAAGUCGCCGAGCGGCUUCAAAUCCUCGGAUCUAAUCGUCGAGAUGCAAAUCGGCGACUGCAUCGUCGACAUCAAGGCGGGAAAAUUCGUCUCUGGCUUGCAAGAUAUUCGACUUGCUGCUUUGACAUCCAAGAAACUCAUCAUUUACUGUGUCAUUUUGAAACAAGGUUCCGUCGAACAUGGGGAUCUCUGCAGCCUGGAAAUCGCUUACGAGCACUUGCUCCCGCGAUUUCCGGCGUCCCUGACGACGGGACCGUUCGGCGGCGUGCGGGGCCGGGACUUCCUCUGCGUCCAGUGCCUGGACGGCACGCUUCUCUUCUAUGAGCAAGAGGCUCCCACCUUCAAUCUGAUUCUCGGGAAUCGGCUGCUGCCGGAGCCGAUCGUCUACGUUUCGCGGAACGACGUCUUCGUGACGACGAGCUCCUCGUGGAUCCUCGAAUGCUACAGAUAUAAGAAUAUGGCGGAAUUUGGCAGUAAGGAUCACUCGGAGGAACCGAAGAACCUGGAACCGGACUGGAGUUAUAAUAUUGGGGAAGCCAUUCUCGAUAUCGACGCCGUUACUUUGAGCAGCUUCGAGGUCGGGAUUCUCAUACUCGGCGAGAAGAGUCUCUACUGUCUGAAAGACAAUUGCGUUACCUUAAAAUACGCAAAAAAGCUCGAGUACAAGGCAUUGUGCUUUCAAGCUUACGUGAUAGAACCGGAUGGCAAGCUGAUGGUGCUUGUAAUUGCUGACACGAACACCCUGAUGAUUUACGAGGGUACGACUCUUAAGUGGUCAGCUCAGCUGCCUCUUACUCCAGUCGCCGUAACUCGAGCACAUUUUCAGCACUUAGACGGAGUGAUCGUCGUCCUCUCGGAAGAUGGCCAGCUAGAGGCUUGCUACUUGGGCUCGGAGCCGUCGUUAUUCAUCGCGCCUCCUCUUCAUCGACGCGGUUACGAUUACGUGGCCGCCGAAGAUGAACUCAUGGAGCUCCGCAAAUUAGCGAAAAAAAUGAAAUUAAAAGGCAAUCACUUUGGUGACGUUACCAUGGAUGCCGAGCUGAUAAUAUCGGUGACCGUGUCCCCGGAUCUGGAACCCUGUACGCGUGGAAAUCAGGACGACUCUAAGGACGACACCGAGGGUCGUAGCUUAAUGUGCAGAAUCACCAUCGAAUUAUCCACGUACACGACGCUUCGCGACGUUCAAGUGUGCGUCGACGUCUCAAAGCCGUUCGUCGCCGAGAAGGACUGCCACGUUAUUACCAAUCUUUGUGACCGUCACAUUCUGCGCACGAUGAUCUACGCGACGACAGAUCUGCCGGCGAUGUCGUCAGACGUGAGAAUCACGGCGAGCUACGAGAUGGCGGAUCGUGGGAGCCUGCGCGUACUUCAGAAGACGGCCCAACUGCCCCUGAAGAUGAUGCUGAGGGCCUGCCCACCCGAGAACACGUCCACCUUCACGGCGACCAUCAAGUGUAGCGAGCCCCUCGUCGCUUUUAGCCAGCUGUUUCCCGAGUUUACAGGAGACGUGCAAAGGCAAAAUUGGAACGCACUCGGCUUGCAGCACGUGCAAACUGGUAGCGUAGUGACAAUCGUUUCCGGUGCAACUAGCAAUCGAUAUCGAGUGCAAUCGAACGACGGGCUCUCGAUGGCCUUGGUGGUUCAACAGCUGGUGAAUAGACUCAAAGACAAGGCCACCGGAAACUUUACGACCGCCAUCGCGCAAAACCACAUACAGCUGGUCCAGUCCCAGAUGGAGGCGCACUUUCGUAGCCGUCAGGAGGCGGACAAAAUCGCGAGCGAGAUCGGGCUGCUGUCGACCCAGUUGAGAAACAUCGAGAGGAGGAUGCUGCGUGCCGUGAGGGAGCGGAACACCCGGUCUUUGGCCGCAACCGGAUUGCCGUUUCUCUUGGAGUCGACCUAUCGCGCGAUCUUCGCGCUUCUGGACGAUCUCGCGAUCGCACGAACGGAACGGGAACGCUCCGGCCACGGUCUGCGGUGCGUCGUGAGGUUACUGCUCCUGCUGUUGCGGCUCAAUGUAAACGACGAUAAGUACGCGAUGCUCGAAGCCGCGAUCGGAUUCGAGCCGCAGCUGCGUGACGAGCUCGAUUGGGAAGAGAUUGCUGACGUCAGUCUGAGUACUUUUUUACGGUACACGUCAAGAAAAUCCACAAGUUACCUGGAUGCAAAGGCCCCUACAUUAAGCAAAAUGACAUCCACUAAGGAGUUCGCAAAGCUGAAGAAACGUUUGGUUCACGCGGUCGAACGUCUCGACAGUUACCGAGAAGCCGAUAUGGCCGAGAACGAACAGUUAGAAUCUGGUAGUCGCGCUUCUUAAAAAAUCGUUAAUAUUAAUCGAUAGACAAAAAACAAAUUCCUUAGAACGCAUCACACUCGAUG